CCAAUGUAACAAGAUGGCGGAGAGUGCGGAACUGAAGCAAAUGGUAAUGAGCCUUCGAGUUUCGGAGCUCCAAGUGUUGUUGGGCUAUGCAGGCCGGAAUAAGCACGGGCGCAAACAUGAACUUUUGACCAAAGCUCUCCACCUACUCAAGGCUGGUUGCAGUCCUGCUGUGCAGAUGAAGAUAAAAGAGCUCUACCGACGACGCUUCCCCACCAAAAUGGUAUCGCCAGUGGACCUAGCUCUGCCUGGGGUCCAUUCUGCCUCCAACCUUCCUGCUGGCCUUGCACAGCUGGGAUUUGACAGCCACGGUUCUCCGUCACCACUGCUGCCUGUUUCUUUACUGGGGCCUAAACACGAAUUGAGUCUGCCUCACCUCCCCUCUGUCCUGCACCCUGUACACCCUGACGUCAAGCUCCAGAGACUCCCAUUCUAUGAUGUGUUGGAUGAACUGAUCAAGCCAACCAGCUUAGCUUCAGACAACAGCCAACGGUUCCAGGAAGCAUGUUACGCAUUUGCAUUAACGCCGCAACAAGUUCAGCAGAUCAGCAGCUCUAUGGAUAUUUCUGGGACCAAGUGUGACUUUGCAGUUCAAGUUCAGUUAAGAUUUUGUUUAUCUGAGACGAGCUGUCCCCAAGAAGAUCAUUUCCCCCCCAAUCUGUGUGUAAAGGUGAAUGCUAAGCCUUGUAAUCUCCCGGGGUACCUUCCUCCAACCAAAAAUGGAGUUGAACCGAAAAGGCCCAGUCGUCCAAUUAACAUAACCUCUCUUGUGCGGCUUUCAACCACAGUCCCCAACACUAUUGUGGUAUCUUGGACUUCAGAAAUUGGGAGGAGUUUUUCCAUGGCUGUGUAUUUGGUGAGACAGCAGUCCUCUUUGGUUUUGUUACAAAGACUACGGGCGAAGGGAAUUCGGAAUCCUGACCAUUCGAGAGCUCUGAUCAAAGAGAAGCUAACAGCUGAUCCAGAGAGUGAAAUUGCCACAACCAGUCUACGAGUUUCUCUGCUUUGUCCUCUCGGGAAGAUGAGGCUGACAAUCCCUUGUCGAUCAAUGACAUGUUCACACCUUCAGUGUUUUGAUGCUACACUUUACAUCCAAAUGAAUGAGAAGAAGCCAACCUGGGUGUGCCCCGUGUGUGACAAGAAGGCACCGUAUGAGCACCUCAUUAUUGAUGGGUUAUUCAUGGAAAUCUUAAACAGCUGUUCUGACUGUGAUGAAAUUCAGUUCAAAGAAGAUGGAAGUUGGUCCCCGAUGAGGUCAAAGAAAGAGGUGCAGGAGGUGUCGGCGUCUUACAAUGGUGUAGACAGCGGUUUGUCUCGGACAGAAACGCAUGAGCAGAAACGCGGCUCAUCACACGACGGCAGUGGGAAAGUCGACGUGAUUGACUUGACACUGGAAAGCUCGUCGGAUGAAGAGGGUGAUGAUGAGCCGCCUCCAAAACGGGCCUGUCCCUCGUUGUCACCAGUCUCUCCACCUGCAAACAAGGGAGUAUUGAAUUUACACAGCCAGGCCUCACCUGUAACCAGAGCUCCCAGCAUGCCCCCUCUAGAGAGCAGCUACAUUCACCCACCUCCACCUCUCAUCCAGGACUAUCGCCACUAUUACCACACACCUACUGACCUGCCAGAUUUGAAUUUCUUCUCCUUCCUGCCCGGUGACAAUCAGCAUUACAACAUGGUGAUGGCUGCAGCAGCGGCUGCGUCAGCUUCAGCCACCGAUGACCACGAUCUGCUCCUUAAUCGUUUCUUACCCUAUGGUUCCUCACAAAUGCUGCGGGAGCAGCCAGGAACCCCCGGGAGCAGCACGCUGGCAGCCACCAAUGGCGGCAGUAACAGUGGCAGCACAAGUAGCUUGGUGUCUUCCACCAGUCUGCGGGAACGAGAAAAGGACAGGGACCGGGAAAGGGACAACCACCCCAUCUCAGGAUUGUCUAGGUCUUCAGUGGAAGCUGCAGCGGCAGCAGCCAUUUAUGGUUCCAUAUCUGACGUUAUCUCUCUUGACUAGAUCCUCACAGAACUUACAAGAAAUGGCUCAAGACCUCAAUAAAAGGAGUUCAUUGUAAAUAAAGAAGAGGAAGAUGAAAGAAGAUAGUGCUAUGUACAGAGAGGAAAAUCUAUUUUCAAUUUUACAUGUAUCACAUGUAUAUAAACUUAGGACGCUUCUUGUCCGGUGAGUUACUUCAGUUGAUAUUUUUCUGUGAAUACUGAAGACUUUUUCACACCUCUUCAUGUGGUCCUAUGAUUAUUGUACCUUUUGUACUUGGUUUUUACAGUUUUGUUUCGAUAUUCCAUGUCGAUGGCAUUAUUUCAGUUUAAAGUUAACGUGCACAGACCCUAUGAGGUGACACCUUAUAGAAGAGGAUGAGUGGAUGUAUACAAAAAUGGGCAUUGUUAUAGUUGUACAUGUGGCACGCAAAGGUAAAACAGGAAAAAGUGUAACACUUUUUUAUUGUUUUCUGAAUGGCAUAAUUUCAGUCAAAUGUUUUGACAGUAGAAAGAUCUGGCCGUUGUUUUACCAUCACUGUAGGUUUUUCAGACAUUCAUGCUGUGGUCAUAUUUUUAAGAAAAUUAUUUAUAAUGUAAGUUAUGUUGGUUGUAUGCUGUUAUUUUCUUUUUCUUUUAAAGAAUCAUUCCCUACGCCUUUAGGAAGUGUUGCCACUAGAAUUGCAAAAGGAGAUGCUAGAUCAUAGUUGACCAACACUGUUCCACGAAGAGCCAAGAGAGUGCAGGUCUUUGCUGAAGCUACAUCAGCACAAGGUGAUCAUUCUGAUGGACUCUUGCCCUCUACUUGACGUGGCGCUCAUCAGUGGAAUUACCUGCUGAGGUGAUUGCGCCCUCGUGCACUUCAUGGCUCACGGUUGACCAGCCAUGCAGUUCCUUACUUCUGUUGUCACAAUGCUGCACUCUGUUCCAGCUGAGUUUAUCCGCGCUUGGUUCAGUCAAAUGUAAAUGCUAUUUAAUGGUUUAAAGUGUAGUUAAAAUGCAUAUAAAUUGGAAAUGUCAGUAUUUUAGGACCAUGCUUUGAUUUCCCAGGAUGUGAAUGAAUGACAUUGGCCCACCUAACAGUCUGUGUUGACAAUGACAUGUAAACACUUGUACUGUGCUAACAUACGCAGUACAGAUUUCCUGGAAACAGAUGAUCUGUAUUGCGUAUUUCACUUGAGAAGGCUUGUGAAGGGAUGGACUGACUAGAAGUUCCCCAACAUCUGCUCCACAAUGCUUGUUUCUGCACCACUUGAAUCAAUUCUGCAAUCGUGACAUUUCUUUGUGAUUUUUUUUUUUAAGCACUUGUUUUUAUAUAAAUUUGUUUGGAGCAGUGAAGAUGAGAAUAGUUUUCAGCUUUGCAUGGCUGCUAAUGCAGUUUUUGCGAAUUACCUGAAAGCACACCAGUUUGAAUGCUAUGCUAUUCCUUUGUGAUAAUGCAUUGUGUGCUUUGUUUAGUGUAAUUGCAACUGCCUAUAUUUGUGGUAGCUUAUUUUUUGAGUUUAUCACAAAACAUUUUGGCCCAGAAAUUAAAAUGUUGAAGUUACAAUUCAUGCCUCUUUUUUUUUUCCUUUGACUUGUUCAUAUGAUUAGGAUUAUUUAUUAUCAUAUAUAUUUUCAUCAUGUGUUUGAUUUGUGGAUAUGCAUUGCUGUCAUUAUAUGUGAUAUUUCUUUUGUAAUUAUAUAAUUAAUGCUAUUUAAAGGUGUCACUGUUGCUUUACAUACAUUGUAACAUUUUGUUUUCAGUCAUUUUACUUAUCAGAUGAUGUCAAUAACUCAGUAGAGGCUUUGAUCAUUUUGAACUGCUACAAAGUCUACUGUGCUGUUUGAAUUUGUAAGAAUUAAACUGAUACAAGAAUGUU